AUGGGCUCCGUGCUACCCGCCGACGCUUUGGCUCUCAAGUCUGGAUUUAAGUGUCCGAGCCGCUCGCUGUCAGACGUGAUCACCUCGGACAUCCUGCACAGCUUCCUGUACGGCAGGUGGAGGAACGUGCUGGGCGAACACCUGGCGGAGGAGCGGCAGAGCGGCAGCCCCAAGACCGCCUUCACCGCCGAGGUGCUGGCUCAGUCCUUCGUCGGAGAGGUGCAGAAGCUGUCCAGCCUGGUGCUGCCCAGUGAAGUGAUCAUCGCUCAGAGCUCGAUCCCUGGAGAAGGUCUGGGCAUCUUCUCAAAGACCUGGAUCAAAGCGGGGACUGAGAUGGGCCCCUUCACAGGGAGAGUCCUGUCCCCUGAACACGUGGACCUGCUCAAGAACAACAACCUCAUGUGGGAGGUGUUCAAUGAGGACGGCACGGUGCGCUACUUCAUCGAUGCCAGCCAGGAGGACCAACGCAGCUGGAUGACUUACAUCAAGUGCGCCCGGAAUGAACAAGAGCAAAACCUGGAGGUGGUGCAGAUCGGCAGCAGCAUCUUCUACAAGGCGUCGGAGACGAUCCCGCCAGACCAGGAGCUUCUUGUCUGGUAUGGAAACACCCACAACACGUUCCUGGGAAUCCCUGGAGUUCCGGGAAUAGAUGAAGAACACCUGAAGAAAAGCAGGAAUGAAGACUCCCACUCCUGCGAGGGCCCUUCCUCUUGCUCCCCACCCGCACCCACGACCACCGCGGGUCGGAUGCGCUGCGUCAUCUGCCACCGCGGCUUUAACUCCCGCAGCAACCUGCGCUCCCACAUGCGCAUCCACACUCUGGACAAGCCCUUCGUCUGCCGCUUCUGCAACCGCCGCUUCAGCCAGUCGUCCACCCUCCGGAACCACGUGCGCCUGCACACCGGGGAGCGGCCCUACAAGUGUCACGUCUGUCAGAGCGCCUACUCGCAGCUGGCGGGCCUGAGGGCGCAUCAGAAGAGCGCGCGGCACAAACCGGCGGCGCACGCAGCCGACGCGUCGUCCAAAGUAUCUCCUCCUCCCCCACAGAUGACGGCCAUGUCCCACCACCAUAUGCCCCUGGUGCACCACAUCCCCACCAUGGUGCUAUGA